AUGACGAGCGUAUGCAGCAGCUACCAGCACUAUCAGCUGACCAACGGUAACAUCAUGCAACUGAUGCACCACCAGCAGGGGCAGCAGCAGCAGCACCAACAGCUGAUUGCCCCCAAGAUGCCUCUGGGCAACAGCCAGCUCCAGAACAUGCAACAGCACCAGCAGACAAGCAGCUCUGCCGGCCCCAUGCUGUCGAAGAAGAAGUACAACAACUACAACCCAAUGCCCUACGGAGAGCCGCAGAUGCCAUCGGUGGCACGCCGCAAUGCCCGGGAGCGCAACCGCGUGAAGCAGGUGAACAACGGCUUCGUCAAUCUCCGCCAGCACCUGCCCCAGACGGUCAUCAAUGCCCUGUCGAAUGGGGGACGCGGCGCCAGCAAGAAGCUAUCGAAGGUGGACACCCUGAAGAUCGCCGUGGAGUACAUACGCGGCCUGCAGGAUAUGCUCGGCGAUGGCCAGCCCCGUCCCAUCUACAGCUCCGGAGACGAGAGCAGCAACGAUGGCACCUACAACGACAACUACAGCAGCCUGGACAGCCCCCAAUCGCAGUUCGUUGUCGCCCAGUCCCACUCGUACCACUCGGCAUCGCCCACUCCCUCGUACAGCGACGCCUCCGAUGUAUCGGCCAGCUACGUGAAGCAGGAGAUGCCCGAUCACCACGAGCACGAUCACCAGCAGCACCACCAACACCAGCACCAGCAUCAACUCAAAUUCGAGUCCUUCGACAGCUUCAGCGACGAGCAGCCCGACGACGAGGAGCUCCUCGACUACAUCUCCUCGUGGCAGGAGCAGUGA